GUGCCGUCCGCUAUAAAGGCGCCGCGUGGCCCGAUUGCCGGGAGCAGUUGCAAGCGGCUGGAGCGCAAUAUUCCAGCCUCAGUGAUCGAUAGACGAGCGGCGUGCGCUGGGACUUUGUGCGCGCGGCAAAUUCGAGGACUUUGGAGUGGUUGGAUGUGCUUUGAGUGAUCGGUGGGCCGCGACACGAGCAUCGACAGCGCCGGAGAGCCAGUGUGUGCUGUGGUCACAGGCCAGCGCCCCCCCGGUCACGACGGCUUCUCCGCUGCGGAAAAGCUUUGACUUUGAGCACUGCGUGCAGCUGUCGCCAUGUUACGCGUCGUCCGGCAUGGACUCGCCGCACCUGUAUGAGUCGGCGAGCAGCGAGGACCUGAAGCAGCCCCGCCAGGCGCCCCCCCUGCUGCUGAGCUCUGCGCAGAGCACCCGCCCACCGCUGGGCGCCUUCGACUUGGGCUCGGACGGCUGCGUGCCGGACCUGGCCGAACUGAACACGCCCGAGCUGUCGUUCGACCUGCAGGGCUUCAUCGCGGACUCGUCCUCCUCCGCGCACUCGUCGAGCAGCCUCGAGGAAACGCUGUUCACGGACCUGCUGACCGAGCAGCAGAAACGCUACGGUGGCCACCCCUUCCCUAUGCCCCACCAGGGCGGGCCCCUGAACCACGCGGAACACCGGUACGGCUCUGAGGCCGGCCUCGGCAUCAAGCAAGAACCACUGGAUCAGGCGGAGUACUCGAGCUGCCGCGAGCAGCAGUCGCCCUACGCCCGGGGCCUGCUCGCCUUCCCUGGCCUGCACGGCGCGCCGCAGGGGCCCCAGGCCACGGCGACGCUGCGCCCGGUGCCGGUCUUCUCGGCGGGGCAGCCCCAUGGGCUCGCUCCCCAGGGCCCGCUCUCGCUGGCCGCCCUGCCGCCCCCGCACGCCAACGGAGGGGGACCUCUGGGCCACCACAACGGGCUCAGGCCACUCGGCGGUCAGGGGCCCGCGGCCCCGCAAGGCCCCAAGCCGCCGCACGGCCAGCACAAGGCAUCCGGAAAGAAGCUGCUCGACAAGGGAUCGGACGAGUAUCGACGCCGGCGCGAGCGAAACAACAUCGCGGUGCGCAAGUCGCGCGAGAAGGCCAAGCAGCGGUCACGCGACACCGAGCGCAAGGUGUCCGAGCUGAACCGCGAGAACGACUCUCUGCGCAAGAAGGUGGAGCUGCUCACCAAGGAGCUCGCCGUGCUCAAGUCCCUGCUCACCAAUGUCGGCGUGCCGCCGGAGAACGUGGACAACGAGGUGGCCCGCUCGCUGCAGGGCUACUAGGUCGCGCCCCGCGGCCGCCUCUAGUCAUCUGUACAAAUGGCCCCGCUGCGCGGACUGCGCGGCCUGCCCGGCCGCUCGCGCGGGGCCCGGACGCUCGCUCCUUUCUAAGCUCAUUCAUCGGCGCCCGGGCCGCCCCCUUCGUUCAUUGCCCGAGCGCGCCUCAUUUGUUGCCGGACCUGUUGCGACCGUGUUGUUGAUUGUUCGUUUUCCGGGACACCCUGUGUGGUCUUACGUUGAGUGUUGCACCUUUUAUUUUUUUAAGAAAAAUAUUAAAGUCCAUUUUUUCGUUCAUGAAA